UUGGUCUUUCACAGUUGGUGACGAGUAUUAUGAAAAUGGCCUCGACCCUGCCCGUGAGCACGGCAAACUGGAGAAGAUGACGAUGUUGAGCUUCUUAAGUCGGUCGAACACCAAAGUGUCUUCUUUGAACACGGAGAUAAAAGUGAAGUAAACGAAGAGAAAUAAGCUGUCGGCGGAGGAAGGACUAAAAAUACCACAGACCACCCAUAUUUUCGUAGGGCUGAGGAGAGCCACUAUGGAGGAUAUCAACUCAAAUAUCAACGCGGACUUGGAGGUGCGGAAGCUCCAGGACUUGGUGAAGAAGCUAGAACAGCAAAACGAACAGCUCCGGAGUCGGUCUACGAUGUUUUCCCCUUCCGGUGCGAUGUCAGGGAACCACAGACCCCUCAGCGACGGAUACGAGUCGUCGCUGUCAGCCGGGAUGGCAGCCGGUCUGGCCGGCUUCCCUGGGGUGGGGUUCGUCGGAACGGGUCGCUACAGUGGGCUGCUGGAGAAUAACCGCUGUUUGAGCCCCAGACUGUCUUACGACGGCAUCAGCUUCAGGAGGCCGUAUGAAUACGAGGGGGCAUCGGCUGCUUCUGCCUCUGUGUCGAGUAUGAACUCACUUUAUUCAGACACCACCGGGGGUUUCACAGAUGAAGGGGAAACGUCGAUUCUGGACGAAGUGGAGAUCUUAGAUCUGGAAGACAUGGACUGUCUACACGAGGACGAGGACAGCUGGCUGUAUGAGGCCAAACUCAACAGUCCCCUGCAGAAAACCUUAAGUCCCAUCGUGUGGUGCCGCCAAGCGCUUGACAACCCCAGUCCUGAGAUGGAAUCAGCCAAGCGCUCCCUCAUCCACAGACUGGACCUCACCCUGUCAGCUAACAAGCGCAGGAGCCUGUAUGGAAGCCCCUACAACCAGCAGGGUUAUGGUAGUCCGUAUAGCACAAACGCAGCCAACAGCCCCUACAGCAGUGGCUUCAACUCCCCCUCCUCAACCCCCAGCAGAGUGCCCAUUGUCAGACAGCAGCUAAUUCCUGGGAACGCAGCACACCAGCGAAACGCAGCAGCAGAGAGGAAUCCUCCGGCGGUGAGCCCGCAGUCAUCAGUGGACAGUGAGCUGAGCACGUCAGAGAUGGAUGAGGACUCAGUGGGCUCGUCCAACACCUACAAACUCAACGAUGUCACUGAUGUCCAGAUACUGGCACGCAUGCAGGAAGAGAGUUUGAGACAAGACUACGCCGCAACAGCAUCCAGGCGGAGCUCAGGUUCAUCCUGCCACUCGUUGCGGCGCAGCACCUUCAGUGACCAGGAGUUAGAUGCGCACAGUCUGGAGGACGAAGAGGAGGCGGUGCACCCGGCCUUCCACCUGCCCUCCAACCGCUUCAGCCCCUCCCCUCGACACUCUCCACGCGCUUCCCCCAGGAAUUCACCCCGCUCUCGCUCCCCCGCCCGCUCCAUCGAUUACAGCCACAGCCGCGGCUCGCCUCAGCCCAUCAUCAGCCGCCUGCAGCAGCCUCGCCACUCGCUGCAGGGCCACGGGCACGACCUGCAGACCAACGUGGUGAAGAACGAAGAAAAACUGCGUCGCAGUCUUCCCAACCUCACGCGCUCUUCGGCGACAACGGCACAGGCCCCGGAACCUGUGAAGAACAGCCGCAGCUGCGAGUCCAACCUGCAAGUGCCAAACGGCGGCUCUCCUCGACACCAGAGCCAGUCUGCUACAGCAGCUCAGCUCCCGAGAUACUCCACCCCUUCUCGCUCCUCCCCGAAGCCCAAACAACACCUCCAAAGCCCAACUGCCCUGCGAGUCCCACUCUCCUGUUGCUUUGGAGAAGAAGGUGAUUUCAUCCCCUCUCCAAGUAAGCUGCGGACUCCAGCCACCCCGUCCCCACUGGCCUUGCGGCAGCCGGUAAAGGCCACAUCCAACCCCAAUUCUGCCACCUCCACGCCCACCCGCUCCCUGCCUGCUCCACGCAGCGGCCUGCCCCGCCCCAGUGCUUCUUCCUCUGCAGGAGGGGGGAUCCCUCUGCCUCGCAGCAAACUAGCCCAACCUGUGCGCAGAUCUCUUCCUGCUCCUCGGACCUUCAGCAGCACAGGGGAAAACUGGAGAGAAGGUUGUUACUGAGAUGGGCCAGCAGGGGGCUCUCCAAUCAAACGAUCAACACAAGGGGGACAUAACAACAUGGCACUUUAUCUACCUAGAUACCUUUUACAGUGAAGAGAGAGACUAUGUCCCUGAAAUAUAUAACAUUUGAGAAUUUUAAAAAAAGAAAAAAGGAGAAGACAGCGUCCACAUCGUAUCAAAGAGGGCCUCCCAUCGUGUUCCUCUGUGGGCUCCGGCUCUGGAGGGGUCAGGCAUGUAGUGCAGAUUGCCCAGAAAAUGCCAAAGAAACCAGCCCGACUCCAGCUCAGCCAGCAGAGGACGCGUCGCCUGCCUUGGUUUGCCUGCAGUCAUCUUUCAGACAGUCCAUAUCACUUCAUUGCCCGGCUUUCCUCCCACUCCUCUCCCCCUGUUCUUUUCUCCUCCUCCCUCAGGUUGAAAUGUCUCCACACAUUUCUCUCUUUAUGCUCUGUGUUUAACAGAUGUAGGUGAGCGAUCUCUAUGAUGAUGCUGUGCAGGUGAAAAUGUCCCAUAACAUUAGAGAACUGUGGAUGUCUUGCAACAGUGAAAGCACCUCUGUGUGGCUAUGACUUUUAAGAAUCUUUCCUCUUGUAAAAUCAGCCAGAAUGUAUGCACAAGUUUGUUUUGGAAAUUAUUUAUUCAAAUUAUUUAUGAAAUGUAUGUCCAAACAAUCCAUAUCAGUAUUUUCUUUGAAGAUUUCAAUUGUUUAAAAUGUACAUUUUGAACCUCAACUGCGAGCUAACUCUCCAAAGCCUUUUAUUGUUUUCAAAGGGACAAAUCAGGACUUGUGAGAAACCCGGGUGAUCUACGACACCUCGGCCAAAGCCUCAGUUCUGAUUUGUGCCAAGAUUUUACUUUUCCAUUCAAGUGCUUGGUCAGUUUAACAUUAGUUCUGAGUUAUAUCUGACGUCUUAACAAACGUAUCUAUUGGAAAAGAAAACCUGAACCCAAAAACAUAUUUUGUCCCCAUUCAGCCAAUGAAACCAGGGAAACUUUCAAGUUUUUCAGUAAAUUCCCAUAACAGAUUUAUGUCAGUGUAUAUCAUUCAUGCCAUGAAAAAAAAAAGGAAAAUGUCUUGAAAAAGAUGUCAAGAUGAAUAAGUUUUGCUGGCUUUUACCUCUUGUGCUAUGAAAAGAAUCAGUGUGCCAGUGUUAGGGAAGUUGUUCUGAUCAUUGGUGUGGUGGGUGUUAUGAAACUAGUGCCUAUAAUUUAAAGUUUCACUUGAGUUUGAACAUCUUGCUUUGUUUGUUCGUUUAUCAUUUUGUGCCAAUUUCUGCUUUUGCCAAUAUUCUUUGCCAUCGUGCAUCUCUGCUUGGUUGAUUUGCUUGCCUUUUUGUUUUUUGUUUUUUUUUUGUAAUUGAAUCAAUACAUUUAUAAUUGCUUUUAAAAAAAGUUUUAAAUGCGCCUUCAUAUUUAUAUCUAACUACUCAUCCUGUAAAUGAAACUAUUUAUUAAAGAGAGAGGUGCCUCUGUCUGAGCUCAGAUUCAGUGGGAAGCUACAACGAAUGUUGCAAAAAGACAUACCAACCACACCUUUUGUGUGAAAGUUUUUGUUAUUGAACUUUUUUUUAUAACCACAAACAUGACAUUCAGUUUCCCUGUGUAAAUUCACAUUUCAAAUAAAAGCAGAAAAGUUGUUC